AUGCUCCGCACGCCCAGCGAAACGUCCGUCUCGCAAGCCAGCGCGGGCGUGGGCGCGCUGCGCGACACGGCCGAGCUGAUAGAGGCAGCGUGCCAGCUGGCACCGCUGAGCGAGGAGGGUCGGCGACGAGUUGUGGAGCCGGCACUCCGGGCUGGAGAGGAGGCGCUGCUGAGCAGGCUGCGAUUCAGGUUUGACCGUGCCGGGCUCAAGAUCCCCAGCACGAGGGUGACCUACAAGGGGCUCACCGUGGAGCGCGCCGCGGCUGUCGGCGCGUCCGUGCGUGUGCCCACGGUCGCGUCCGUGCUGCAUGACGCGCUGCGGCGCGCAGCGGGCCGUGGGCGGGGCGGCAGUGUGCGCGCGCUGGACGGCGUUGCGGGGCUGCUGCGGCCCGGCACGAUGACGCUGCUGCUGGGGCCGCCUGGCAGCGGCAAGACCACCCUACUGCGGGCCCUCACCGGGCGCCUGCCGCCCGACCGCUACACACGUGUUGAGGGGACUGUCCGGCACAACGGCCACGACACCACGACCUUUUCCGUAGUGCGCAGCAGCGCGUACGUAGGGCAGUCAGACCAACACCUGGCGGCGCUGACCGUGCGCGAGACCUUAAAUUUCUCGGAGGCUUGCCUGGGGCCGAGCGAGGUGGCGGGGCGGCUGCUGCGGGGCGUGGCGGAGUGGGAGGCCGCGCACGGAGUUGAGAAGAGCGACGAGGACGAGAAGGCGGAUUCUCUUAUGGCACAUUGGGUGGCGGGGCACCAUGGUGUCAUGACAGAAUAUAUGCUGAUGGUCCUGGGGCUGCAGCACGCGGGGGACACACUCGUGGGUGACGCCAUGCUGAGAGGCAUAAGCGGCGGCGAGAAACGGCGCGUGACCGCGGGGGAGAUGCUCGUGUCCAACGCGCAGGUCUUCUGCCUCGACGCCAUCAGCAAUGGCCUGGACAGCGCCGCCACGCUCGACAUUGUGGCGUCGCUGCGCCGCACUGCGCGGCUCAUCGACGCCACGGUUGCGGUGUCGCUGCUGCAGCCCGAGCCCGAGGUUGUGGCGCUGUUCGACGAGAUCAUAGUCCUGUCCGAGGGGCGCGUGAUCUGGCACGGCCCAGCGAGCAAGGCGCUGCUGCACUUUGCAUCCCUGGGCUUCCAGUGCCCACCUGGGCUGGACGUGGCAGACUUCCUGUUGCUGGUGGCGUCUCCCCAAGACCACGCAAUGCUAGCUGGGCCUGCCGGCGGCGGCGCUCCCAUGGCGUACACCGGCGCGGCCAUGCCUGCAGGGAGCGGCGCCAUGUUCACCAGAUCGGUGCCAAGCUUUGGCUGCGGCAAAGGUGGCGGCACAGAGCCGGGCGCUGUUGAUUGGCGUGAGUGGACAGCAAAGGAGCUGAGCGACGCUUUCUGGGCCUCUGAUGACGGGCACAGCCUGCAGGCGGCCAUCCACGCUGACAUCAGCGUCCCACCCGAACAAGACCACACCCUCCUCUUCACAGCCAAGUACGGUGCCCCCUGGCACACCAUGCUCGCCGCCUGCCUCCGCCGCGCCGUCACGCUUGAGUGGCGCCGCAACUGGCCGGCGCUGGUGGUGCGGUGGCUCAUCUCCCUGGUCAUUUCGGUUGUCGCGGGGUCCAUCUUCUGGCAGCUUCCUGCGACCUUCCAGGGGGCCGUCUCGGCGAUGGGCAUGCUCUUCUGGGUGCUGUGUUUUGUGCUGGUCGUGACGGUGCCGACAGUGGAGCUGACGUACAGCCGGCGCUCGCUGAUGUUGCGGCAGCGGAGGGACAGGUUUUACGCGGGUUGGAUGGAGGCGGUGCCGCAGGUGCUGGUCAACCUGCCGGUCCUGGCGGUGGACGUGCUCGUCAUGGGCAUCCCGGUGUACUUCAUGGUGGGGUUCACGCCCGCGUCGGGCCCCUUCCUCACGUUCCUGCUCAUCAUGCUGGCCCUUAACGUCGCGGUGGACAACUUCUACAGGCUGCUGGGCGCCAUCAUGCCCAGCCUGCCAGUCGGCAUAGCCAUUGGCGUAACGAUCCUCAUCUCCUUUGAGCUGCUAGCAGGCUUUACUAUAUCACCCGCCAAGAUCCCUCAGCCGUGGAAGCUGGUCUACUACCUCAACCCCCUCGCGCACGCCUACCGAGCCGCCGCGCUCAACGAGCUGCGCGCCCCGCGCUGGACCUCCCAGCCGGCGCCGGCAGCGGCCGCCUUCGCACCUGCGCCGGCUGCCGCCUCUGCCACCGGCGGCGGGCUGGACGGCGAGGCGGCCGCGGUGUCACAGGUGUCCCAGCAGUCCCUCAGCGAGGCGUUGAUUGCCUUUUUUGAGCUGGAGCUGCCCGGGGACUGGGUUUGGCUGGGGAUUGCCGUCCUGCUGGCGUGGUCGGCGCUGUAUGUGGCGGGGGUGAUGGUUGCCUACAGCCUGUUUAAGCCGCUUCCUACAAAGGCGGUGGUGGUGGAGGACGAUGGGGAGCAGCGGGAAGGGCAGCAGGGCAAGGAACAGCAGCGUGCCCCAGGGGCCGACGCGGCAACGAUGGCGGCGGCGGCGGCGCAAGGGAAUGGGGGCGACGGUCUGAGCAAUUGA